GUAACAAGAUGGCGUCAGAAAUUGGAGAUUUUUGCGUGUUGUGACAACUUUUCCCAAGAACUUUUGAAGCUAUAUUCGGUGUUUCGUAUUAAACUUCAAUCCAGACAGUUGUUUUGUCCAUGUUGGGGACCUCAUUAUAAAGGCUUCAUUUGGUUGAGAAACAAAGGAUUAAAAAGCUGUUUACACAUAAACAAGGUUGUCCAGCUGCUGGAUUGGAUGUAGACCAAACUAGGUCUGCACAUUAAGGUGAACUAAUCUGUCUUGACUAGAAGAAGACGACCAACCAAAGCAAUGAAUAUGAUGAACAUGAACGGGGCAUUCAGCACAAUGCAGCUUCAUGACUACUAUGGAAAUGAAACGGGCAUCAUGCCGUCACUGCGGCAGCGAAUACCGGGAUCGGCAGAGCAGGCAAUUGAAGAAGGACUGAAGGACCUGCGUAUGCAGUCGCACCUUCAAUUCCCGAUCAACAUCAAGACAGAAGCCAUGGACAUGAUGCCCUCGCAAACGUCGCCACUGAUGCCGCUCGGCCUGACGCAUCUGAAUCAUCACGGCAUGCCGCCGAUGACAUCAUCACCCGGCUCCAUGCAUCUUAACGCCCCCAUGGACACAUGCCCGACCAUGCUGGGUUCGGCCAUACCGAUGGAGACCAACGAAAUCCUGAAUAAGGCCGGCCGGGCACGCAAGCAAAAGGAGGACAAGUACUGUGGUGUUUGCGGUGACCGAGCUCUAGGAUAUAAUUUCGACGCUAUAUCUUGUGAAUCUUGCAAAGCAUUCUUCAGACGGAAUGCACUGAAAGGACUGGACUAUUUCAAGUGUCCAUACGACGAGAAAUGUAAAAUGGAUAUAUCGAACCGAAGAUUUUGUAAACGAUGCCGAUUGAAGAAAUGUUUCGAGAUCGGAAUGAGGAAAGAGUACAUCCUGACCGAGGAAGAAAAAAUGAAAAAGCGUCAAAAGAUUGACGAAAAUAGGAGUAGGUCACCCUGGGAUGGUCCGGGGUCCACCCAAUCCCAACCACCACGAAAAAUGGCUGCCAACGGCCUGGAAACUAACUGCAGGUCAUCUGCAAAUACAUGUACCAUUGAUGUGGACAGUGAACCGCGUGAAGUCAUUCUGGAGAGGAAGAAUGGUACGCUCUCCCCAAAGACACAGAACGCAGAGGUGACGAGUUCGCAGCCUCGUCGACAGCUGCUCGCCGAGGAAGAGAGCAUGAUCGAGGAAAUAAAAGCAGCUUAUAAGUCGUCGCUGGAAGUUUCGAUUGAGGGUCCACCCAGAGACCAAUCGAGUUGCAUGGCUGAUCUCGUAAACAUUGCUGAACUGAGCGUACGCCGAGUCAUCGAUAUGUCAAAAAAGAUCAAAUCAUUUAAGUCGUUAUCGCAGGCUGAUCAGAUCAGUCUACUAAAAGGUGGUAGUAUAGAGUUGUUGAUUCUACGCUCGGUUAUCUCCUAUGAUAAGGACAAACAACAAUUUCUCGACGAAUCAGACAUGGACUCGAACACCAUGACGACGGAGCAGUUAAAAAACGCGGAAGGUGGCUUGUUUGAGGAUCAUAUGAAGUUUGUUCGUUCCCUCGCAGUGGACUUAAAAGCAGACGAAACGAUGUUGAUUUUACUUCUUGUCGUUUCGUUGUUUUCACCGGACAGACCCAACCUUCUGGACAAGUCUAAGGUGUGCGCUGAGCAGGAGCGUUAUUCAAUUCUACUCAAUCAUUACUUGGAAUCGAAGCUCCCGUACGGGCAGGCGCGAUCAGUGUACCCCAAACUUCUCAUGAAGUUGGUGGAUAUACGGAACUUGAAUGAGGAGCAUUCGGCCAUCUUGGUGAAGGUGAACCCAGAGGGGAUCCAGCCACUGAUGAUUGAGCUGCUCGAUUUACGAACCUGAGGCGGUGGCCCGGGAAAAAACAACUUUUAGCAUCUAAUUUUCAUGUGUUUCCAAAUAGUUCCGGUGUCCCAUUGAUAACUUCUAUGAAAGAUAAAUGUUAUAAAUAUUUUACUGCUGAUUCGAACGUAGGUAUGUGCUAUUCUUAAUCAGUACGAAUGACAUGUGAUUCCUCUUCGUCGAUUGGUCAAUUUCAUGCGCUGCUGCGAGGGCAAACGUAACGAUACAACAAGUCAUUCCAGCGCGCUGUAAGGAUCUUGUGAGAUUCACUCAGAUCGUGGGAAUUAUACCAAUUACGUCUUUGGUCGCAUCCAAAUUGAGGACAGGGAUUGAACGUACCGACUGAUUAUGGUAAUUCUGCUUUGAUUACUGCCAUGUAUGUGUGUCGAUGUACGACCGGGCGCGAGUUUGGGGUUCCGUUGAAAAACGAGCCAUGCGCUAGUGCAUUCUGGCACAGUUGCAAGCAGAACUCCGUCUAAGCAUAGACUAGGUGUGCGAUAAUUGCUUGUGUAGACUUGACCGCCCCUAAUGAACGUCCAGUUUCUUCGUGCCGACAGUAUUGGAGAAUUGUUUCGGAACGCAGCGACCGUCUUCGUGACGAGGCCACGCUGCGUGGCCAGACUUCAGGAUCGAGGUGUAUAUUUGAUGCCUCCUUAUGAAUCAUUAAACCAUCAAACCGACUGUACCAACUUAUCUUCGGGGAUAAUAUGAAACCAAAGCAAGUGAACUGUGAUUGUACGUUGCCAGGUAGUUUUCUUCACCUUUUGUGUCAAGUCUGAGCCCUGCUUGUUUUUUCAUCUCAAGUGUGUUUUUGUGCGAAACUUUUAGUUCAUUAGAUUCUCUCAAUGAGUCUUGGCUGCAUCGCUGUUUUUGGCUUCGGCAUGCUUGAAUUUGAGUCUGAAAGUUUGUGGGUGUCGAUGAUAAAACCAAUACAAUAUGAUAAUUGUAUAAAGAACUGGUAAGAAAAUUUAUCACAAAACUUUAAAACCUCUAAGUCUUGUCAACUUUUGAUAUACGACGAAUAAUCGUAUUUCGAUCAUAAGGAUCUCAUCAGAUUCAGUUACAAGGAAGAAUUUGACGCUGAGAUGAGCAGGGGGGAGUUCCCAUCAUGCACUUGGUGAAGAAAACUCUGCGACGUCUCAACUUGUGGUCUGAAAAUGGCGUGCAUCGCAUCAGACUCUUUGGUGAUUGGUCAGAAAAAAAACUUUGCUGAGUAUCGCGUCCAGACGUUUAUUUACCGUUGUUUCCACGGUGUGCUUAUUAGGACUAAUCGUUUCUAUUCACUCAUUUAAUCAUAUCUUACGGAAUAUCAUAGUUUAUUCAGUUGUCACUCAUGAUGGCUUGUCCGUCUGAUAACAGAAGUCGGGGAGUGGUUUCCUUUUCAAAUCAGGCAUCAUAUUGCCGCGGUUUUGGACGUUUUAAGUAACUAAAUUGGCGGAAGGUUAGCAUGAGUGGCAUAGGCAUUGAAAAAACAAAAAUAGGGUAAACAGUUUUGGAAUUUAACUUAAAUUGAGUGUGCAUUUGCAUCUCUUGGCCUUGUGUCAGUUUGGGAGUGUGUUUCCCGAUUAUAUUAAACUGGCCUUUGGCGCUUCUGUAUAUUUUGGCGCAGUGGUGUCUAAAUCUAACUGUUGUCCUAUGUAUCCAUUUACGGUAGUCCACGAGUGUUUGGCAAUCAUUGGAGUUUCUGUUUUAGAGCGUACCUGUGUAUUAAUUGUGCAAGCCUCGGAGAGUGCAGGGAUAGAUUGGUGUCAUUCAUUUGAAUCGGUAGCCUUGAUCGUUUUGGUUGCGCACGAAUGAAAAUAUCAUCGGGCCAGUAGAAGCCAGCUGAACAGUUCAAAUCAUUUGAAGUUGCUAGGCCCAUGAAGUUAUAACGUGGUAUAGUUCACUGUAUAUAACUGGGCCAAUGUCAAAACACUCCCCCCUAUGCCGGAAACUACGGCAGCGUUUCCCGUGCGAACAUGUUGCGUUAUGAUGCGUUCAAAUGUGAAUGUUGACCCUUGCUGGGUGAAGAUGGCAUGUGCGUGAACUUUUCCAUUCUUGGUUUUUGUAACUUUGAAACAGAGUUUAGACUGUACAGCAGGUUUUUGGCCGGUCUCAAUUCAUAACGUCAUUAUGCACAGAGAAUCUGCACAAAAUCAUUGUCACAAAAAUAUUUUGACGGCAAAUGCCGCAUCGUCAUAGAAACUUGGCAGCGUCUGCAUAACAUGUAAUAUUCGUCAUAAAAUUAUCAAUUCAAUACUUAAAUACUGCCAUUUGCAGCAUAUCGCUGUUUUUGAAACAAAACCAUAUGAUAGGUCAUCACACUGAAGUAAAUCAUACGAACAAUAUUUGUGUUGUGUCUCCGAGGUUUGUGUUCAUUGUGCCAUCUUUUGAAAUCGACUGGAAUUAUCUCAAGGAACUGCUAUGUACAUCUAUAACCUUUGUACCUCUAAGUGUAUGAAAGUGAUACCCAGCGAUGAGACCAUGAGCAACUUUUGAUGAGGACGAUUCAUUUUGUAUAUUCUCACUGUCUUUGAAGGACAAUGUACAUGUAUUGUCACCCCAAUGACAAUGCUACUCAAAGUGGUGUCACUCUCUGAGUUUGAUAGAACCAUACUCAUGAAGCAUAAUAUCAACACAUUUCUGUGUCAUGGACAAAUUCGAGUCAAUUUAUGAUCCAAAAGCUGCCCUUGGCCCUGUCCGGGUUAAAAAAAUCCGUCAUCGGUUUUAUAAAGACUAGUGUAUAUUGCAGUGUAAUCUUGUGUUAUGUUGGUCUUUGGCUGAUGUAGGGUUCUAAAGAUGUUGUACUAUGUUACAUCUCGGGUCAAGUUUGGAGCGCUAGUUGACGCUGUGGUAUGUGUACAGGGUGGCCCGAUACAAAUGUCUCCAAACUAAUGAAUAAAGUAUUACAAAAGGAGACUUUAUGAGACUGGCCUGUAAUGUACAUUGGCAUGCAAAGGCCUUGAUCAGAGAUGUAGUUGAGCAUAUAUACAUUAUUAUCCAGCAUAAGCUUAGCACCCUGCCUAUGUGAGUGUUAGAUGUUCUGUAAACGAGUUACUUUUGCCAAAUUAUUGGCAGCAAGGGGUACAUGUGCUACAGAUUGAUAUUGGGUACUUAAAUGACAAAAGAAUACAACUCCUCAAACUGAAAAACUUUUCUGAAUCAUGCACUUUCGAUUCUUAACCAAGGUGAAAAAAUUUGGCUUCGACAGUUUUGGUAAUAUUGAAAUAUUUUCCGCUAAUAGCUUAUUUCUGGCAGUGUUUGAGAUGCUGCGGGAAAUCAUGAUUAGUGUCAGGUCGGUGAUUUCAGCUUUUUACUUGAUAUGGCCUGUCAUGAGUUAAAAAGUUUGGGACGAUUUAAAGAGUUUUGGUUGCAAAUCAAUUAUAACAAAAGAGUGUCUGUCCUGAGCACUUUUUGAAAGAAUUUGGAAAAAGUAUGUUAUAGUUUUUUCGAAAUUUUGCCACAAAACUUUACAUUUAGAUUAGUGAGGAUAACAGAUCAGGGUCUGUUCGGCAAAUUUUGUAAAAAGCUGAAAUAAUUCUGCCACUUGGAUGAAUGUGGAAAUCGGUGAUGAAAUUAUGCAGGGUAUAGUGCAAAAAUUGGAUGCUCAAGCUUUGGGAGUUAUCUCAACUUCUUUUCAAUCAUAACAUUUUGGCAACUUGGUUCCAUUUCAUAUUGCAUAACACUCUGUCAACUGUCUGACAGAGGCUAAAAUGUAAACUUUUUCCACUGAUGAGAAAACUUUUGUUAAAUACUUUAAUUUUCACUAUCACUCUAUAUAGCUUUAUGUGUUUAGUUCAGAUCGGCCAAACAAGAAAAUUAUUUUUUUGAGAAAAUCGUAAUUUUUAUCAGGGUAAUAAUUGUAUCAAUAAUGCUUUUGUUUGUAAUUUUGAAUGUCAAAUUGUAAUUCUUUUUUCGACACCAAUGCCGGGCAUUAAAAUGAAUCCAUAAAGUGCAGUCACGGAGUGGGGAUCACUAAUGAUGUCAUGAUUUUUUCCAGGUUUCGAAUUUUAGAGAUUUCAGAAAAAACCGCCACAAUAAUCAUGCGCAUGCAAUUUUAUUCAUUAUAUUUUUGUAUUUUGAAAUGAUAGUUUUGAAAUCAUUGAUUUCUUCAGGCUAAUUAUUUUUUGGCAAUACAUGUAACUAGGGUUGUAGGUUAAUGACUGCAUUUUAUCAUUCAUUUGUAAAAACAUGUUGCAUCUUUUGCAUGAAUUAAAAAUCUUUAGUCUGUAAUUUUGCCAGUCGUUUCAAAAUCUGUUCCAGUACCAAAAGUUAAGUUUGCAUCAGUUGUAAUUUCCUUAUAGUCUAAAAAAACCAAAUGUGUAUAAUAAGUUUGAGAAUUGGUCAAGGUCAUGUCAUGUCUGUUACAUUUUCGACAACAGUAAUUGUGAAUUUUAUUUCAAAUUAACAAGCUUUGAGUAUAAAGAAAGCGACAAUGAACAUUUUGGUUAUCACGUUAUUUACAAACCAAGCCUUUUGGCGGUAAUUUUCUCCGAAGUUUUAGAGAAAAAAAUUUGUCGAAUAUUAUUGUAUCUAUGACCCUGGCACAUUUGAAUGCCUGAAAAACCUUAUUUUGAUUGGACAUUUUGUCACACCAGAUGUAUCACCCCAUUUCGAACUUACUUCUAUAGGUCAGUAGAGAAACGUCUGAAAUCUCGACAAUGCAUUAGGUUUGCCUUUCGUCUUGUAAACAGAGUUCCAACUGCAGGCUGGUUGAAUUUUGUUGUCCUUUUUAAUUAGUAUUUCCUCUCUUUUUCAUUUAGAGAAGUGGAGAAAGUUCUGUUCUGUCCCAAGUCUGAUUCGAGUCAAAAACCUACCUCAAUUUUCCUCAAACUUCAAUUUUUUUCACUGGAUGUUGAUUAGGUGUGGACUGACUCGAUGAUGACUGGAAGUUGAAGUACGAGGAAAAUUGAGUCAGGUUUUUGAUUGAAUCUGACUUGUGCCAGAACAGAACUUUCUCAACUACUAGUAAUUGAGUUAUGCUAUCUUUUAAUGCUACUGGUAUUUCACCUCGUAGAUCAAGUGUCCAAAGCAAGGAAAGCCCCUGCAGAAAAAGUACCAGGGCACAUCCCCCUCGGUGUUAUUUUCAUUUUACUUUGGCCCUUUCUUUAAAUACGCUUCCACCUCCUCUGCUUUUGAAGGGUACAUCACGUCUGCAUGUUCAGUAGGUUCUAAAUAAAGGCAAUGUCACUCUUGCAUGCAUCAAAUUCUUUUAAAAAAGUAAGAAGAAAAAAGUGUGAGGUCCAGAAACGUCCAUAACAAAGGUGCAAGACAUAUGCAAUCUUGAGCAAACCACAUGUGAACUUCGAACAUUUUUAAGACUCACCCUUUUGAAAUUGAAAGUGUGAGAUCAAGAAAUUUGCAGAAUAUUAAAAGCGCAUUUUGUGGAAACUAAAUUUUUUGAUGUACACAACUCGCCAGUUUGAUUUUUAGAACCUGCUGAACUGUCCAUCCAACACCUGCUUCCACCAAAUGAAAGGUACAAGGUAUAUGUAGCAAUGGCAUAUCACAUUCUCCCUCGAAGUCACAUAGAAAUAGCUUCACGUUUGUAGAGAGCUUUUAGACUGCAAUCACUUUUCAGGAAGGGUGCAUGCAAUUGCCCCUUCCCUAAUCCCAAUGUUUAUGAAGAACGAUUUUGAUGCAAGAUAUAUAGGGAAAUCAUGAUAGUACUACAAAGCAAAAAAGAAAUACCCACAAAUCAGUAUUUUCUCAUGACGUGGCUAAACAAUGUAUGUAGAAGGCACUUUUCAAUAUUGCCUUCUCAAGCCCCCAACAGACAUUGAAUCUUAUAAGUUAGAGAUUAAAAAGUCCCCCUUUGAAGCAGUUCAGAAUUUUCCAAAUUGCAAACAUUUUGGUUGAAGCUAAAGUUCAAAUUCGAGAGAUGUCAUUUGGAAUUUUCAAAGCAAACUCUCACUCUUUUGAGAGUUUAUGCACUGUUCAAACAUAUACCUGUUUUGAACUCGGUUCAAAACCUGAUAACAUACGCCAAUGGAUACCUUCAAAUUUGGUCUGUUCUGUGUUCUAGUUUCUGUUCGGUGUGUCCUACACAGUGAUGUAACCCAAAAUGAGCCCUGUAUAUUAUAACUACAGUUCAUUCUUCUGACCCCUUUCGAAAUUUCGACAGAUUUCGACCGAUUUCGACUGAGCACACUUGCCUUAGAGCUUAGAGAAAAUUGUAGUACUUUUUGUUGUUUGUCGGUAAACCAAUUCAAAGACUCUUACACAGUGAGAACAAUGCAAUUAUGCCCAUGUCCAACAAGGAAUCCAGCCAAGAAGUGCAUUGCAGAGAAGCAAUUUUAAUUGCUGCAACUUGCAGUUUUAUUGCAUGCGACUAAAAUCACUUGUUUGUAGUGGUCAUCACAGUCGCCUGCAGUAAAAAUUGGUGAUUGUAGCUACCUGCAAUUACUAUCAAACCCAGCGAUUACUAGUUUUACCUGCAGAUAUGAGAAGUUUUUUUCGCACAGCGCAGUGAUUAUAGUCGUUUGUCAGAGCAAUUUAAAUCUCUUGUUGGCAUGGUACAUUUGUCAUUGGUCAUUAAAAGAUUAGUCUCAUUUAGGGUUGGUCUGGCGACGUCUCUUCUUGUUUUAGCAAUUUCAGUUUCAUUUCUUGCUCUUCUUUUUGCAGCUGUGUUUUCACAGUCUAUUUUAGUUGUUUUAUUUUAAAACAUGUUUAAUCUUUAACCAGCCUGUUAUCUUUAGAAAACUUGACGAAGUGUUGCAGGAUAAGGUUUGAAGACUUUCUCUGAAAACUUUUUAUUUUCACAUUGUUUUGGAGCAAGAUCAAUGGCCGAAAUGAGAUACAUUUACUAGAUCCUAUCGACAAUUAUUUUAUUGCCAGAAUGUUACUAAAUUUAUAAAGUUCUCGGUGUCCAUGUACAAUGAAUAAAAACCUGCAAAUUAUUGUUUUUUACAGACAUGUGGUUAACUUGUUGGCUAAUGAAUCAUUUUCAUCUUUCAAAACCAAAGAAACAGAAUGUGCAAUAAUUCGUUGAAAGCAAAAAGUAAAACAUGGCUAGCUUAAUCUUGCUGCAAUCGGUAUUCUUCAGAGCCUUCUACCAUUAUAAAUUGAAUCGAAUUUUGAAUGAAAAGAAUCAUUCAUUAAAAUGUACUUCCUCCGAGUGCCCUUGACCUUUGAAACAGUUCUUGUAAAGUAUGUCCCAAAAGAGCUGUUUGCACUGCACCUAUCCUUUCAGUAUCAUUCAGUUAUCUUGCCACGAAACGAGUAUUAAAAACGUCCCCAAUUUUGUAUAUGUUUUAAGUGUUCGAAUGGAAAUAAUAACUUUUGGUGCUUGCUAGUUAGUCGAUUAUGCAUUGGUAAGCUAUUUUAUGUUUCAUGGACAUGUGGGAUGCACUUCCCUUUCAUGUUAAUGAUGGUUCAUACCAAACCUGUAACUUUUCCCUUUUGACACCACAAUUUCGAAUGUAUAAUAUUUUGGGUAAAAUAGAUUUAAAAUUGGUUAGAGCCACUUCCAGAGAAACGAUAAAUAGCUAAAAUCAAUUUCAGAUCAUGUGUGACACUCAAAAAAUGUUGAAGUUCAGACAAGUUCAGACAGAAGUAAAUAAUGUUUCACUCCAUUGACUGAAAGUUAUUUUUGAGGUGGUCCCCUAAAAGUGUCCCAGUUUCACAUCAUUCGUUUCAUAGGAAUUCUUACCAAAAGUAAAACUUUAUUUUUAUCUGUUUGUAUUACUUAUCGUUCUGUAGAGCAUACCAGUUGUAUUGGUAGCUUUUUGCUAGUAGCCUUGUGCUAAUGAAUCAAUAUCGUUUAAGGUAUUCAGGUUUGGAAAAUAUUUAGUAAACUGUGACAUUAUUGAAAAGCUAUAACAUUUUCCACGAAACUGAUUAUGUUUGUUCUGUUAUUAGGAAACUGAGCUUUCUGUGCAUGGAAGAAUCAGGCUAAACAGGGUAUCUCAAAAAAAAGUUGUGUUAUUUCUGUCAUGAGAUAAGUUCAUGGGUUUCAUUGUUGCACAUGAGGUUGGCAGAAAAUAGGAUUUUGGGACUGCAUACGAGUGUUUAAGAUUUUGAUAUUUUGACUUAUCAAGACAUGUUUAUUAUCAGCUACCAAGUUAUUUGCGAUGCUAUCUCAACUUGCCUACAAAUACAGCACUAAGAUUAGCCUAGGACGAUCCCGGCUCCCUCUGGUUAGUAUCCGUAAUAUUCAAGGAGUGUACGGGACUUCUUGCAAUGUCGAAGAGUUGCGGGAUCAAGAAAACUUUUGAUUGGCAUAUGGGGCAAAGGGAGGCGUUGGGGCGGGGAAAUUUGGACGCUGUUUCAUUUGGUGGUUACGACCUCUCCUUGUUUGUUUAGAUUCCGUCCUCGUCCUGAAGGGGAAUCUCUUCAAACGUGUUAAGAUCAAUAUGAGAUGUCACCUCCUUGUCUGAUGGCGGCCGGUGUCUUGACGUCAUGGCCGACUUGACGUCCCUGUCCAUAACAUAUCUUAGCGCAGUAUCUGUUGGCAAGUUCUAUCUUCAUCCUCUGUUGGCACAGAUUAUGGUUGUAGUAUCGUUGUGUCGUUGGCUUCUAGAGAUUGCCUAUGAGUGAGUUAUUAUACUUUAUACAUCACCCUUUUAUAGGCUGAGACGCUCAUCUAUUCAUUUUACCGCAAAUCCCUUCAUGAUCACUCAAUGAAAAUGAUAUUGGACAGUGCACAAUAAGUCUUGAUUAAACUUAAACAGGUAACAAAAUAGCUACUUUUUGGCAGAUUUUAUUGUUCAGGUCUUGAGCCCACUUUUCAUAGAAAAUUGCGGCUAAGUAUUGGAGAUAUCGGAUAUCAUGAAAGAGAAACAUUUCCUUGUAAAAGUUUUAAAGAGCAGUUCCAGUAUUUUAUAGACAAUUCAUAUACAGUCUCAUUUUAAUUUUCUUCAAAAGGAUUAUGGAAUAAUUAUGUCCUCAGUCCACUAAGGGUUUUAUUGUCACAUCCCCUGUUUUCUGAAUGGAGUCUUCCAAACCAUUAAUUAGAAGUGUCUAUUCGGGGAAAUGGGGGGUGGUGAAAAGUUUAAUCCAGUUAAACUAACUAUCUUGACUUUGGUGUCAGAUUAUGGGUAAAUACAUGUAAAUAUAUAUAUGUAGUUUUUUGUACAUAGAGCUAUUUCGACGUUGGUCCGUCGAAUCAUACAGUCAGUAUCAGUUACAACAGAAUAUAACAUAAAAAUUACUCAACACUUUUCAAGUAUUCUUUAAUAUUGCAAAAUAUCCUGUCCCUAGUUAUGAGAAAUUCUUUGGCUUAAUAUUCUUUAGGGCAUUGAGCGAAUUAAAAAAAAGUUAACGACAGUUCGUGGUGAAAUCCUUUGAUGAAAAUGUAAUUUGUCGCGGCAUUUAAUUGCUUUAGAUGUUGCGCCAAAUCACAGGUGAUUAAUCUGCCUCACUGAAACUGAAAAGGUACCAUUACAAUAGUUUAUCUCAACCUGGGUUUAGUUAUUGUAUCUGUGCACUAUGUACUAUGAUUCUACAGCUAUUGUGACUGAAGUAAGGUUGAAAUAAGCUGUAGAGAUGUUUUCAACUAAAACUACAGGGUGUGUCUUAAAAAUCGCUUACAAAUUAGAGUCUUUGUAAUGAGACAGUGGAAGAGGGUUUGCACAAUCUGCAUGGUGUUGUAUUGUGCUUUAUGUUCACACACAUAAUUAGGCCCGUCAGUGUCAUGGAAUAUUCUGAAGAAUUUCUUGGUGAAAGCAAUGAGCAGAUUUCCAAAAGCUGCCUAUAUUGUUGCCAAUUUUAACCCUCAGCUCACAGUCAUUGUAUUCUUUUGAUUCACCCUGUAGUUUCGGAGAAGUGGAUGGUCUUCACCCUUGUUUGAUUAGGAUAGUUGUACAUUAUGCACUGAGUAAUGUAGAGGUGUCCUGGUUCUAUUAAGGGUGGCACUACUGACGAUGGUGUCACUAUAGAAUAUUAUCAAUGUAGUGUUGCCAAUCAUUACAUUUUAUUAAAAGUUUCAUUAAAAUUCAGACAAAUUGUU